AUGUAUUCGAAGUACGAUUUCAUAAAGGAUCUUAAUCCUACAAAAGAAGACUGGAGGAUUAAAUUGCGCGUGGUUAGGUGUUGGAAGGUUCCCAGUCUUAAUCCAAAAGAUUUUGAUGACAAUGUUGACAUGGUUUUGUUAGAUGAACAAGUUAGAAGGAUCCAUGCUACGGCGAAGGACAUUAUUGGUUUGCUGUCUGGAAUUGGGGAAGUCCGUGAACAUGUCAUCUCUGGUAGGAUAACAAGAAUGGUUGUUGUGGAGCUUGACAAUCUGAGGCUUUCGGGUGAUCCGAUCGAAAGUAGUCAGAGGUUGACUCAGUUGUCCAGCCAAUCCUCAUAUUCUUUUGAAAAUGAUUUUCUAAAAGAUAUAGAAAGGAAAUUUAUUACUGAUAUUAAGAAUUGCAGUGAUGUUACUACAUGCAUUACUUAUGGAAGUAUUAAAUCCAUCGAAAGUAAGUACAAUUGGUGGUACAAGUUCUGUAAGAAAUGUCCAUAUUCAGUGUGUGAAGAUUUUGAGAAAUUGUAUUGUAAGAACUGUCAGAAACAUUGGGAUGAAUAUUAUCCGAAGUUCAGUGUUCAGGUCAGAGUUGUUGAUAACAGCGAUUCUGCUUCUUUUGUACUGUUUGAUAGAGAUUGUCUUGCUUUGUUAGGAGUGAGUGCUGGUGAAUUACGCGAGCAACAUUUCAAGCGGGGUGCGGAUUUGGAGCAUUAUCCGGAAGAGUUGAACGUUGUGAAAGAUAGAUCCAUGUUAUUUAAAGUGAAUGUGAAAAUAAGCAAUUUGAACGCCUACAGGGAGCCAAAAUAUCAUGUGGCCAAAGUUUGCAUCAUUGAAAGUAUUAUCACAUCAUUUCUAAAGACCACAGCAGAUCCAAAUGAUGAUUCUGUAUUUGACAGUGCUUAUGAUGACAAUAUUGUAUCGAUAGGGUCAGCAAAAGCAAUGGAUGUUCAGAGCCAAACCUGUGAGAGUACUGGUGAUGCUGAUAUUUCUCUGUCGACACCUUCUGUAAAGUAUAGUGAUGUUGUUGAAGACAAAAAUAAUUGUUCAGUUGUCCGUCCUCUUAAAAAGAUUAAGUUGGAGAAAGAUUUUGAUGCUGAAGCUGGUGACACCUUACAGCAGACAGAAAAUUUGUAA